AUGGUGAUUUAUGAAUCUUCGGCAACCAACACGGCGACCAGUGUAGCGACAAAUACGGAGACCAAUACAGCAACUAGUACGACGACCAGUGCAGCGCCUAAUACUGCUACCAAUACGGCAACCAAUAUUGCGACAAGUACGGAGACCAAUAAUGCAAUCAAUACUGCGACCGAAGAGACCACUACUGAAGAGACUACCACCGAAGAAACUUCCACUAUCACCAAAGAAAUCACUACCAUCGAAGAGACUGCCACCAAAGAGGCUACCACGGAAGAGACUACUACCGAAGAAAUUGCCACCACCGGAGAGACUACCACCGAAGUAACUACUUUGGUGAAAAGACUACCAUUAAAGAAACUACCACCACGAAGAGACGACUGCCGAAGAGACUCUACCACCGAAGAAGCUACCGCCAUCGAAAAGACUGAUACCAUCGAAAAUACCAUUACGAAGACGACCAUUGAAAAAACUAACCUAGUGUGA